AUGUAUGUACCUAGAGUGCAUACAUUCUACAAAUCUGUCUUCGGGAUUAAGAAACCUCUACGAGUAUUCUACCUAAAUCUACCCUACUGUACUCCACUAACCUCUGGUUUAGCAUCAAAUCCCCAUAACUACAUUAUCAAGCAUAAUCCCGCCCGACCGCCUUACAAUGCCCGAAAAAUACCAGAUGAUUUGUCAGACUACACGGUUAAGGACAUGCCUACGCACUUAUCACCCAACCAUCCAUCGAAAGUGAGAGCCACCAUCAUCGACACCGAAAGCAAGCGAGGUUUGAACUGGUACUCUACAUAUGCACGAGCUCAAAUAUUGACUGAGUUAGUGAUCUGGAAUAUGUAUUCGUAUAUCCCAGGUUAUCUGACCCUGACACCUGUCAGGGCUCACCCAGUUUCGGGAAGUCCGCCAAUAGAAAUCCUCGGAGACGUUGAAUUCGGAAACAUCAAAUACUCGUUUGCCUUGUCGGUGGACCAGAAGUGA